CUGCCGCCGACAUCUUGCCUCCGACCGGAGGAGACAGGAGAGUCCGGGUUUCACGGUCAAACGUCCUAAUGGAGAGACUUCAGAGCCGGAGCGGAUCUCUGUGAGCAGCCCGGAGACUCAACAGCAUCUCUGUGGAGCGGCUCUGACUGACGGGCGUCAGCCAUGAUUGGUGGACUCUUUAUCUACAACCACAAGGGGGAGGUGUUGAUCUCCAGGGUGUACCGCGAUGACAUCGGGAGAAAUGCGGUGGACGCGUUCAGAGUUAACGUCAUCCACGCCAGGCAGCAGGUCCGCUCGCCGGUCACCAACAUCGCCCGGACCAGCUUCUUCCACGUCAAACGCUCCAACAUCUGGCUGGCGGCGGUCACCAAGCAGAACGUCAACGCCACCAUGGUGUUCGAGUUCCUUUACAAGAUGUGCGACGUCAUGUCCGCCUACUUCGGCAAGAUCAGCGAGGAGAACGUGAAGAACAACUUCGUCCUGAUCUACGAGCUGCUGGACGAGAUCUUGGACUUUGGUUACCCUCAGAACUCAGAGACUGGAGCUCUGAAGACCUUCAUCACUCAGCAGGGCAUCAAGAGUCAGCACCACACCAAAGAGGAGCAAUCUCAGAUCACCAGUCAGGUGACGGGGCAGAUCGGCUGGAGGAGAGAGGGAAUCAAGUACAGACGCAACGAACUCUUUCUGGACGUCCUGGAGAGCGUCAACCUGCUCAUGUCCCCGCAAGGUCAGGUGCUCAGCGCUCACGUCUCCGGCCGGGUGGUGAUGAAGAGCUACCUGAGCGGGAUGCCUGAGUGUAAAUUUGGGAUGAACGACAAGAUCGUCAUCGACAAGCAGGGAAAAGCAGGGAGCUCUGAGGACGGCGGCAAGAGGUCAGAGGUCACACAGGACGCUCACACUCACACACCUGCAUCACCUGCAGGCUGCGCGGCUCUCUCGAUAGCGAUCGACGACUGCACCUUCCACCAGUGUGUUCGCCUCAGUAAGUUCGACUCGGAGCGCAGCAUCAGCUUCAUCCCUCCAGACGGAGACUACGAGCUCAUGAGGUACCGGACCACCAAAGACAUCAUCCUGCCGUUCAGGGUCAUCCCUCUGGUCCGGGAGGUCGGUCGCACCAAGCUGGAGGUCAAAGUCGUCAUCAAGUCCAACUUCAAGUCGUCGCUGCUGGCUCAGAAGAUCGAGGUUCGGAUCCCCACCCCCCUGAACACCAGCGGGGUUCAGCUCAUCUGCAUGAAGGGAAAAGCAAAGUACAAAGCGAGCGAGAACGCCAUCGUCUGGAAGAUAAAGCGCAUGGCGGGGAUGAAGGAGUCUCAGAUCAGCGCAGAGAUCGAGCUGCUACCGACUAACGACAAGAAGAAGUGGGCUCGACCUCCGAUCUCCAUGAACUUUGAGGUGCCAUUCGCUCCGUCAGGUCUUAAGGUCCGGUACCUGAAGGUGUUCGAGCCGAAGUUGAACUACAGCGAUCAUGACGUCAUUAAAUGGGUUCGUUACAUCGGACGCAGCGGCAUCUACGAGACUCGCUGCUGACCCCUCCACCGCCGCUCCCGGGGCUGAUGGGAAGGAAUUGUUGUUGUUGUCCUCUACAGAUCUGUGUGUGUUUAUUCAGUACAAAGUUUAAUCCCCACUUAUUCCAAAUGUCAGACGCUCAGCCAAUCACAUUCCAGAAACAGCUCAGCUGGCUCAGAGCCCAGUGUACCUGACAGAAAGGAGACCUGGACUGCGUCCGAAAAGUCAAAAAAUCUUAAACCUUUCCUCGACCUCGAUGGAAAACGUCACGAGGUCAAGGAAAGAUGUGAAGGAGAAUCCAGAAGGACUCAGAGAAUCCGGCUGCUCAUUUCUAGGCAACGUAAAUAUGUGACAGCGGAUGUUACUGACGUGAUGAAACUACAAUGUUCUGAAGAUGGACUACAGAAAGCGCAUCUCUGACUCUGCGCCCCGUGUUGUUGUAAUGCAGGCCGUCUAAAGGUGGACAACACGGUGGAAUAUCAGCUUCAUAACCAAGAUAGCAAAAAGGCCUGUAGGUACCAGUCACCAAAUAAAGGACCGGGUCGUCAACCUCCUGUGAAUCCCAGUUAUUGUCUGUAAACAGUGUUUCCCACAGAAUGACAGCGUAACUGGGGCGAGAGAGAGAGAGAGAGCGAGCGAGCGAGAGGAGGUGCUGAGUGAAUAUAAGCGCUGCCCGCAGCUCUGUGAUCAGAAACGAUUUUACCCAUAGUCCAGUAACAAAAAUCAAUAUGUUGGCGUUCAGCUUUGAUAAUGCGAUCAACAAUCCUUUCCUUUGGUAACGGGUGGUCCGGUGUACCCUAUGCUAAAGGAGAUAUGAAGGAAGCAUUGAGGCUCCUUUCCUCAGCUUUUAGAGAAUUAAACAGCUGAAUUACUUCCAGGUCACUUCACUCAGUCAGAACCUUCCUGAGCAAAAAAGACUUUUCGGACGCAGCCCUGGACUGAGAUAGACCAGGUUUUAACUAAUCAAGACCUUCUGGCUCGUAUGACGUCAGCAGACCCACAGAGACCUCCUUGUAGAACCAGUGCUGCUGCUGUUUUUAGAUUACAUGUGAGCAGCAGAGGGAGGACAAACCAGGAACCUCAGCUGCACCUGAAACCCAGAAAUAAGGAGCAGAGUGAAGUAGAAAUAAAAUGACCUGUUAGAAGAAGGGUAAUGUAGUAAUACCCCCCCCCCCCCCCCCCCCCCCCCCGACGCUCAGAGUGAGUCCUCCUGUCUUGUAGUAAGUCUGUGUGGUUACCCAGCAUGCCUCAGUCUCACUCUGUUUAAACACAUUUGCCUCAGUGUUUUUUUUAUUUUACUAAAAUUCUGAAUUCGUCUCUAGUAAAAAGUUGUUUUAUUUUAAUUUUUUACAGUUUUUGUACCCAGAUGCUGUGCGUACCUGUGAAUCUGAACCCUGUGUGUGAGCAGCUCAGUACUUCCUGUCAGACAGCGGUGUCUCUGUGCUGCCUGUCUCAAGUUAUUUUGCCAAAAUCUUUUGUUUUCUGAAUAAAAUCAAUGCGACUGAA